UUUUAACAAAAACUGUAAUAGUUAUCAAAAUAGAUGCCUGCUAAGCGGAGAAAUUUGAUUAUUUACAAGAAAAUAUUUGUUAAUUUAUGCAACUUUCAUGAUUUAGCAGUAUUCAUGGCUAAACAUUGAGGUAAUUGCUCUGUCCAAAUUAUAUAUGUCUGAGGGUGUCCAAAACAUAUAUUCGUUGUCCAAAAUGCAAUUCUUACAGGCGAUCGGAAAUUACGAUUUUCUCAGCUUAAAAUGAUUUCGUUAAGGUUUUUGUCACCAGGAACGCAAAGUACAAUCAUAUUAUCAGCGUAUUGCUAACUUUGCGAAAUAAUCAAUUACUUUCUAAGGAAGCUAGGGGACGCUUUUUUUCAACGUUGUCCUCAGCCUGUCUAAAAUACAUGAAUUACCCUAACACGCAAGUUUGAUUCGUUUAUCAAGAAUCUUUGUGACAAUAUAUAUUUAGGUAAAUUGGCAAUUUGACUUUUUCCAUAGAUGAAGAUUAAAUCGAGACGAAUAAUAAAUACCUGAACAGUGAUUUUAAAGCUUUCCCGUCGUUUGACUUAAUCAAGCAUUUAUAGCUAAAAAUAAGUAAGUAGGUAUACAGAUUUUAAAAAUAGGCGCGUAUCGUCGCGAGAUGAUCAUGUUUGCUUGCGCUGCGCUAUGCGCAUUAUUGUUCUAGAACUGACAGAGUUAACAAGCCGUGGUCAGUGAACCUAUAUAUUCCCGAAGAAGGGGUUUACCUCAGAUCAGUUUUUCAAGAACCACUUUACACGCAAGAAAGUCAUAUAAUAUUCAUAAUUGAAGGUUAAAGUGCAGUGUCAAAUAAGAUGAGUGAAGCAUACAAAGUGCUGGAAUGUCCCGAGCUGGGACGAUAUGCGGUAUCAGCGAAAAAUUUAAAAGCCGGUGAAGUGAUCUUGGAAGAAACACCGUUUGCGAUAGGGCCCAAAGUGGACAGUGCACCGUUGUGUUUGGAAUGCUGCUGCCCGGUUGAUGGAGGUGCAGACGGUCCCAAGUGUUCUACCUGUGGUUGGCCAUUGUGUGAGGAAUGUAACGACGAUAAGGACAGUAUUGUGUACCAUAAGCAGGAAUGUGCUCUAUUUGUGAAGAAUAAGGUCAAGUUUCAAAACGUUGAAGAUUCGACCGCUAGCUGCAUGCAAUUGGAUUGCAUAACACCCCUGCGUAUGUUAUUUGCCAAGGAAGAACACCCAGAACGUUGGGAUGCGGAGCUGAGUGUUAUGGAGUAUCAUAAUGAUUCCCGAAAGGAUGGUGCCACAUGGAAUCAGGAUGAGCAGAAUGUAGUUAAGUACUUACGGGGUCCAUGCGGUUUAAAAGACCGAUUCACGGAGGAAGUGAUACAACAAGUGAUAGGAAUUCUAGACAUCAACGCAUUCGAAGUGCGAACGGCCAAAGGUUAUUCCGGGCGCGGUUUGUACCCCCGACUGGGAGUCAUGGCACAUUCGUGCGUGCCCAACGUCGUACAUUCUAUUCAUCCUAGUGAUGGGUUCAGGCUUACCGCCAGGGUAGCAAUCGACAUCCCGGAAGGAGAAAAGCUGUACACUGUUUAUACGUACACCCUGACCGGGACCAGUACGCGCCAAGCUGCAUUAAAAUCAAGCAAAUACUUCACGUGCCGAUGCCCGCGAUGCUUGGAUCCAACCGAACUGGGCACGCACUUUAGUUCGCUGAAAUGCCAGAAAUGUGACAACGGCCUGAUCAUAUCGUCCGAUCCUUUGGAUGAUGAGGCAGAGUGGAAAUGCACAGGUUGCGAGUUCAAAACCCGAGGAGCCGCUGUCCAGAAAGCGAUUCAGGUUAUGCAAGCCGAAAUAGAUAUGCUGUCCGGUAUGGAAUACGGACCGGAGCGACUGGCGGCAUUCGAGAAGCUCUACAAGAAAUACCGCAGCGUGCUGCAUCCGUUGCAUUUCAUCAAAACUUCCAUUCGGCAGAGUUUGAUCGAGCUGUACGGUAGGGUGCCGGGCUACGAGAUGCCAGAGCUUCCGGACAUUCUGCUGGAGCGUAAAAUAGAGCUGUGUCGCGAUAUUCUUUGGGUGCUGAAUUACUUUGAGCCUGGAAAGACCCGAUCCCGGGCAAUGAUUCUGUACGAACUUCAUGGGCCGAUUGUCAUGUUGGCGCAGUCACAGUACCGACAAGGAGUUUUGAGUGGAGAACCAUUGAAGAAAAAGCUUGAGGAGGCCGCCCUAAUGCUUCAGGAAUGUUCCAGCAUUUUGGAGUGGGAGGAUCCGGCUUCACCGGAGGGAAUUCUAGCGAAUGUUGCUAAGCAAUCGCUUGAGCAGCUGCGAGAAAGCAUAAAAGUCAUAUCGUGAAGCCAUUUGCGAGCUAGAAUCUAGUCAGCUUAAAUGCUAGGUAUAGAAUUUAGAAUAUCUGCUGUGCUGUCCCCCAAUAUUUAUGUACCUUUCAAUUGCAUUACCUAGUUUUAUGUUAUGUUGUGUUAAUAAACGAAAAUGUUAUUUUGAUUAUA